GACUAAAGGACUUAUCCAGUCCUUUAGUCCAAGAUUCUUCUUUCAUGUUAAUGAGAAAUCUGAUGGACACAACUCCUCUCACCACCCAGUGCGCUGGACUCAUCCCAGAAAACGUCACUUCCAUUUCAGGAAAUAGGACAGCACUGUCUGGUCCUUUUAUUUUAUUUGUUAAGCAGGAAAAUGGCGGAAGGAAAGAUUCUCUCACUGCACUGCAGUUUUGAACAAGAUAAGAAACCGGACUUCUGUGUGGAACUUCUGGAGAAGCUGAACUAAGCAGAAGAGAGAUUGAACCCUCACAGCUACACAGAGUGUUGCAUUUUAACUGUUUUCUUUGAAAGAGUUUAUAAAAGUAAGAACUUUUUAACAUUUAAAUGUCCAAUAGAACUUAAACAUGCACUAUAAAAAUUAAUAAAAUUCAAGUCAACUUUAAAUGUUGCUGUGAACACGGUUGCUCCCCUAUCAUACUUUGCUCCAACCCUGUGAGGGGGGCUUUUUGGCCACAGAAAUUUCAGCAAAUUUUCAGGUCUUGAGUGGCACAACUGUUGCAUCAGUUGGUCAUCAAGUGAGCAUGAGUUGAAAGCCUGGUAACAUCGAUCCACAGAUCCACACUUCAGACUGAACAAAUUUAAAAGAAUGGGGUCAUCAACAAAAGAAAUGAAGGCGAUGCUAGAGCUUGUGACAGACAAGAUGAGCUUCUCCUUGAAAGAAUGUACAUCCUGGACAAGGUCUCUGAACUUCUAAUGCGUGUGUAGAGAAGAUGACCAUGAGCAGAUCUACCAAGAAGAAAAUCUAAUAUAUUUUUGGAGUUGAAGUGUUAAUUCAAGAAUUGCCUUUGGAAGAGAAUAAACUUAAAGAGGUUUAGCAGUGGUAAAGAUGAAGUCUGCAAGAGAUACAUUUACUCCUUUUGUCUUUAUUAGAAGAGGCCGCACCAGCAUUUCAAAGACGAUCUCAACUCUGACGAUAAUUUUUCUGAUUUUUGCUAUUUUCUCUCUGAAUUUUGAGCUCUGUUUUUGCUCGUGUGCCCGGGCUGAGUAUGAGAUAGAUGGAAGAUGUUGUCCCAUGUGUGCACCUGGGAACCAUGUUUAUAGGCACUGCACUGAGGACACCAGCACUGCCUGUGUUCCAUGCUAUCAUUCAACUUUCAUUGAUGCACCAAACGGACUCACAGACUGCUUUAGCUGUACAGUGUGUGAUCCUGGUCGGGGUUUAAGAGAAAACACUGUCUGCACUCGAUCAUCAAAUACAGUCUGUGAGCCACUAGAUGGAUAUUACUGUACUCAUCAGUACAGUGGCAGUUGUAUACUAGCUGAGAAACACACAAAAUGCACCCCUGGACAAUAUAUAAAGCACAGAGGAACAGCAUUUAAAGAUACUGAAUGUGCUGAAUGUUCAGAUGGAACCUUCUCUAACAGCUCUCUUCAGAUUUGUCAGCCACAUUCAAAAUGUGAAAAUCUGGGACUUACAGAAAUAAAGCCAGGAACACGUUCUUCUGAUGCUGAAUGUGGAAAUAAAACUCCAGCUGCUCUGAUAGCUGGAAUCAUAGUUCCUGUUCUCAUCGUGGCUGUUGCAGUUAUCAUUUUUUUUAAAAUUAAACAUAAGACUGCCCAACAUCCAGCUGGGCAUGAUAGCUUGAUUCCAACAGAAGAAAAUUUAUAUGGUAAUCUUUCAAGAAAACCACAGUGUUCAAGAAAAAGUCAGUUCAAGAAACCUCCACAGUGAUUCCUUUGCUGCUACUUGGCAGCAGCUUUGUAGUAGAGACACAGGAGUACGAGAGACUACAAGACAACAACAGUAUGGCCUGUUCUAUGUGAUAUGAAGUCACACGCAGGCCAGAAGACCAAAAGUCAUCCAUAUUGUUCCAUUACUUCUUUUCAGAGACUUUAAAAGAUUUAAGGAUUCAUGUGGAUGUUCUUUGUGACACUUAAAAAGUGACUGUUGUUCAAGAAGGAGACUGUGAAAGGAGAUAAGGACUUGUUUGUGCCUAUCUCCUAUCUAUCCUACCAAACAAGCCUAUGGUACAGGAGUUGGAACUGGGAUUUACCACCAUCGUAAAACUGGGUGAAAGGUGACCACUCAGGAACCUUCAAGGCCUUGGACCUAACUAAAAGCGACUCUUGCUGACAUCAAGAUGCACGCAAGGGACAUUAUCUUUGUUGACUGAAUCUCACCAAUGACGUUCAUUAAUGUUUCCAACCUUGUCUACAUUAUAAAUUUGAUUUGUUAUGAUGAAUCAGCAAUUGCAUGUGUAGACUGUGUAAUUUACAGAAAAUCAGUUCUCUCCUGCCUUAACGUCAUAGCUGGGUUUGUAUGUUUCACUCCCAUUUCUGUCCUGGUUAUUUUAUGCCUUUGGUUUGUGUUGUCUUUGUCUCGUACUAUCUUUAUUUUGCUUUUCCUUAUGAUUUCCUGUGAAAAAAACUUUUUUUUUUGCUCUGUUAUUGUCCUUAUUACUGUACACGUCAUGUGUUGUUGGCAUUUCCAAACAUCCUUCCUUUUGUUUUGUUUACUUUAAUAUUCAUGUGUUUCAUGUUUUCAUGCUAGAUAAAGUGACCUUGAGCUUUGGAAAGGCACUAUGUAAAUAAAAUUAUUAUUAUUAUUAUUAUUAUUAUU